GUGUGUGUAAUAAUAAUAGUAUUACAGUACAACCUUUCAGAAGGUUUCUCUUAUUGUCGUCCCUUGGAAGACAGGAGGGAAUAACCUUCGCCAAAAUUUUCUAACUUAAUCGGCCCCCAACGCACCAGCAACACAAAAUCAUACAAAGUCAUAAUGAUGGACAUAUGAAAGAUUGACUAAAUGAAAUCAAACGUUGUGGAACCCGGUUAAAGUUGAUGCUAGUUGGUCUCUAAAUUUGGACAAGUUUCAGAAAUUUUGAGACUAUUAUUUCCGGAAAAUGUGAUAGUCAUGCAUCUAGCGAAGCCAUGCAAAAUGUGGUUUCAAAGGAGAAAAAUCUUUAGACAGAGAGUACCUCACACUUUGACGUAGGAGGAACCGGGGGAUCCCACGCAUUUGAAAAGUUUUUCUUUAUAAAAUACUUACUACUGAGAAGACUAACUAACUUUAUGCCUGCAGUUAAGUAAGAAGUUUUAAUGUGAGGCAUGCUUUUCUUAAAGGCAUUACAUUAAUGUGCAAUUGUGAUAAUAAAACAAGAAAAAUUGCUUUUUAAGAAUAACCAUGAAUUCAAGGUGUGCUCAUUCUUUUAUCCGGGCUUUGUCUCCCAAUAAAAUAGGCUGUUGUAUCACGAAUGGAACGAGCAAAAGUUUUCAUAGAAUGCAUCGCCAAAGUGCAAAAUUAACAACGGCAAGUAAUAAAUUGAAGAAUAAUAGCAAGACUUUAAUUGCACAAAGCAAUUUUGAAAAUGCACAAAAGCGCUACUUUUCAUUAUCAUGUUCCUUUCAAAAUGCCGAGUCUUUUGAAGGACAUGUCGUCAGUGUCAAUUCUUCAGAAGGGUUGUCCGAUGAGCAAAAGCAAAUUCAGCAGGUUGCAUUGGAUUUUGCAUUAAAUGAGAUGAGACCCAAUAUGGAAAUGUGGGAUGAAAAGGAAUUCUUCCCCGUGGAAGCAAUGAGAAAAGCUGCGUCGUUAGGAUUUGGAGCUAUUUAUUGCAAGGAGGAAUUUGGAGGGUCUGGAUUAACCAGGUUGGACUCGUCAAUAAUUUUUGAGGCUUUAUCACAAGGAUGUGUUUCAACCACUGCGUACAUUUCGAUUCACAACAUGUGUGCUUGGAUGAUUGACGCCUUUGGAAACAAGGAACAAAGGUCUAAAUGGAUUCCAAAGCUGGCGUCGAUGGACAAAUUUGCGUCGUAUUGUCUCACUGAACCUGGUGCAGGGUCAGAUGCCGCAAAUUUAUCCUUAAAUGCGAAAAAGGAGGGGGAUUUUUAUGUGCUAAAUGGUUCAAAGGCAUUUAUCAGCGGUGCUGGUGAGUCUGAAGUGUAUGUAGUCAUGUGUCGAACGGGGUCAGGUGGAUCGAAAGGAAUCUCUUGUAUGGUUGUGGAAAAGGGGACGCCAGGAUUAUCAUUUGGCAAGAAGGAAAAGAAAGUCGGAUGGAACUCUCAACCUACACGUGCCGUAAUUUUUGAAGAUUGCAAAGUUCCAGUAAAAAAUUUGAUUGGGGAAGAGGGUCAAGGUUUUCUAAUAGCGAUGAAGGGUCUCAAUGGGGGAAGACUAAAUAUAGCAAGUUGCUCUCUUGGAGCGGCCGAGGCAAGUUUGCAAGCCGCAAAGAGUCAUUUAAUUGUUCGAAAACAGUUUGGCAAACCUCUUGCUAGUUUCCAGCACAAUCAGUUUAAAUUUGCGCAAAUGGCGUCAGACAUUGUUGCAUGCCGACUCAUGGUCCGCAACGCUGCCAAAGCUUUAGAUAUCCAACACAAGGACGUCGUUACGUUGUGUUGCAUGGCAAAACUUUUUGUAACGGACAAGUGUUUCGACAUCGUUAACACGGCUUUACAGAUGCACGGUGGAUAUGGUUACUUAAAAGACUACCCUGUGCAACAAUAUCUGAGAGAUAUCCGAGUACAUCAAAUUUUAGAAGGAACUAACGAAGUCAUGCAGAUUGUUAUUUCAAAGAAUCUUUUAAAUGAGUGAUUGACUUAAACAUGAGAUUUUUAGUCUAUUUAAUAAAGUCGUUAUUUUUCGUAACUAAA